AAGUUGAGGGAACUUUUUAUGCUCUAAUGGACAAGUAUAUUGUGUACGAGAUGAUUUGAUAAGCUAACAAAUUCUCAAAAUAAGUUUUGUGUGCCUUGUAUUGUACAUUAUUUAAGUUUGACUUUUAUGUUUGUUUUAACAAUGUAUUAUAAGAAUAUACUCCCAAAGAAAUAUUCUGAAAGUAAUUCAUAUUUACUUCUUACUCGCAUCAUAAUUUGGACGUUUUUGAUAUGUAAAGUGCAUUCAAAGUUAGAUCAAAGAUAUAUAGGGUCUAUGUAUGGCCUGCAGAACGAAACAUUGGUUAACCAACAAAGAGGAAUCCGACUUGAUGUACGCAAAACUUUGGCAAUACAAUUCUAUAAGUAAGUAAUUUCCUGUUAAAGCUGCUAACUAAAUAUAAAGCUUGCCGGCUCGAGUUAAGAGACUUUGAAUAAGUUUAUUGGAGAUAAUCGACCAAUAUCUGGAUGGGAUGAAAUAUAUAAAAGUGCAACAAUUGAAUCGUUUUGCUAAAGCAGAAAGAAGAAGAAGUUAAAGACAAGUCGCAGGUUAGGAAAUAGAAGUGAAACAAUAGUGAUAUGUGCUUAAUGUACAAUUGUCUAAAUAGCAAAGUUUGCAUAUCUAAGCUUACAAUUUUCAACUAAUGCUUGAAUAUCCAAAUAAUUAAAUGGCAAACACAUUCUUUGGAAUCCCAUUCCAACUUAAAUCCCUAAGUCAAUUGAAAGGUAUUUACUCUGAUAUACAGAAUCCAGUAUUUUGAUCAAAAUAAAUCCAGCGGAAUAGAAACAAUACAAAAACAUUGGAAACCUAUCUUCCGCUGACUGAAAAUAAACUGGAUAAAUCCGGAUGUUUACCAACAGACAAAUUUUCAAUUGUUCUUCAUGGGUGGAUUCAAAGUUGUUCUGAUGAAUGGGCAGUUGCACUUAUCGAGCUAUUUCAGGGUUGAGCUUUUACCGUAGAGGCUGUGUAAUAUGUAUUGAUUACAGCUAUGUCGCAAGCUCCUCUUAUAUCAGGUUGUAUGCCAAUUUUGAGUAUAUAUCCGAAGUUAUUGUCUCAAUCGUAAUAUCCCUUUUUCAAUACGGCUUUGACCCCAGCCGGGGAUACUUGUUUGGAUUCAGCUUUGGUGGCCAACUAGCAUCAGCUGUAGGACGAAUAUUACAGCCACAGUUUACUUUACAAAAUAUAGACACUUGUGAUAUGGCUGGACCUGGAUUCGACCCAAUUGACAUAGACCACUCGAAGGCCGCAAAGAAUGUUCAAUGUUUUCAUACAAGUCGGGAUAAAGGAACUUUAAUAUAUUCUUGCCACAGAAAUAUCAUGUUGGGCAGCUGUGGACUAAGCCAGCCUUCCGUAGCAAGUCAAUUACAUCUUGGUAGUCAUGGUCUAUGCGUCGAUAUUUAUAUAAAUACCUUUGAUUAUCCUUUUUAUGCAUUGAGAAAACCCCCAACUGAAUGCAUAUCAUUUGCUAAAGCAGCGAAUAUUCCAAAUGAUUUUACUGUGGGGUAUCAGGAAAAUUUCAACAAGCAAGUUAUUGGUAAAAUUUUUGUGCCCACAAGCUUACAUUAUCCCUACAACUUAUCGAAAAAGGAACUUCAACUUAUAUCUAGGAUGAAUGUCUAACAAAAUCAUCAUAUAUAUUACAGAAAAAAAAAUAAAAUUUAC